AUGGACGCAUUCCAUCAGACACCUAGGUUCGACCUUGGAUCUUGGGCUGCCAACUGGACUGCCUUCAAUGCUACGCAGUAUGUCCCGUCCGCCCGAGAUCUCGCGCUCGCGGGGCCGAGAAUGGUCAUGAAACUUGGGUCCUUCCUCGCGCUUCCCGAAGCUGUCGACAAUAUAUUUGGAGCACAGAUGGGGGAGAGAAUUAUACCGGAAGCCACCAGAGGAGGAGCUGGAGCUGGAAUAGUGGAAGCGGUAACAACGGCGGCGGUUUCUGCCCGGGAGGUGGCCCAGUCGGCAACUGAGAUACUGGUCGACGUCGAUGAUCAAACGGCAGGUCUUGCCUCGAGGUUCUCGCUGGAGGGCGCGCGAAGCCUAGGCAAUAUCUUCGGAUAUGUAACGAGCAAGUGGGCAAUUCUAUGCUUCGUCAUGGCCAUUGUCCUGAACCGGACUCAAAUCUAUGCUUCAACAAGACGGAACCUUGUACUUCCCUGGAAGGUACGGCUCGCUGUGCGUAUGAUGCCGAUCGUCCUGCUUCUGGUACAAUGCCAAACCCUACUCCAAUCGAUCCAAUGUCAGACAUCGCCAGAUUUUGCUUUGCUUCGCUGGGGAAAUGCUUCGAAGUCCUCGGAAUUGAUGUUCACGCAGGAUGGAGGACUGUUACAUACGAUGAGCUCGACGCUACUAUUUGGAGCAACGGACGAGGAAUCAUGCUUAGCUGUCAACAUGAUCCCCCCCCAAUAUGACGCGGAAUCAAGCAAUCUCAAGUCAGGACAGCCUCGUCUGGUGUUAACGGGAUCCCUAUCUCGUCUGUGGCCAUUGUUCAAGAUCUUCAGCUUCAGUCAGAUUGUCGAGAGCAUCUCUUGUGCAGUCCAAGGCCGCCAAACAGCCGCAGAAACAGGAAUGACUAUUUUCGAACAUUCCCUGGCAUUUGCCGAAGCUGAAGCAGCAGUCGGUAACCAGCUGGGAUUUGGUUCGUUUGGAGGAUCAAAAACCGUCACAGCUUGGACAAACUCCACAACUGAAGAAGCACAAAAAAUUGCAAUAACACGUACAAUGAUCAUGGAGCGUGUCAACACGCCACCGGAAGUGCUCCUUGUUGCAUUUUUCUCGAGUAUGAACCACCUUACAAAUCAUAUCUUUGCGAUCUUCAAUAUCCAGGGACGGAUGCGGCUCCUUAACACCGGUUUCUGGGGGUUGGCAUUCAUGUCUGCUAUUUCAUGGGGUAUGUGGACGUUUUCUAUGGAUGAUUAUCCCAGCCAAAGAUUGCUCAGGUUUCCAACCGUCUGCAUCGUAGGCUUCAUACCCCACGUCUUAGUGCUCUUUGGUAUCACUGUCUGCCUGACGAUAUAUGGUGCUGCUCUGAUACUGUCCGCAUUAGCCCCGCCUGCUAAUGGCGAUGGAAUUGCUGCUGAGAAUGGUAUCGACGAUGCACCACAGACUGGAUCAACCUUUCUUCGCAGACUGAGAAAUGCACACCAGAACAUGCAGGCGAACGUUCCGUUCUCCAAUAUCCGCAUUUCAAUGCAUAUGGACUUUUACACUGCACUGCUGAGAGCUGGAUUCAGCGUCAUGACUAUGGCUAGCGAGGCUGUUUAUUUGAACGAGAGCCGGGGAGUUGCUAUAAAGGAGCGAACUUGGUUGGAGGAAGAACGGUUACAAGAAAUUGAGGCCCUUGGUGCUCAAUGGCUGGGGCCUAGUUUCGCACUUCGCGAUCACGAGUCGUUGGGUGACGGGUUGUCUCAUGGUGUUGGACUCGUGGCAGCUACGGACCAGCCAAUGAAUUUGUUACGGAAGUCGUCCAGUGGUUAUGCAAGAGAGAUGACUACGAAGAAAAAGACUGGCACCAAGGGACACGAUCGGGUGAUUCGAGAUGGAGUCGGAGCUACGGAGCGAAGUGGAAGAUGGAUAAUGGCGUUGGAGUUUUUCUGGGGCAUCAACAGAUUAGUACUCAGCUGGUGGGCAUCUGCUGCGCUAAAAUUUCUUGCAAAGGCAGGAUUCCAGACCAGGCCAACCAUUCUGGUGUGGCUUGCACGGAGAUCUAAACCGAAUUCUUCUGAGAAGGCAAAACGAGAUAGCAACGACCCCGACUCAUUAAACUUCUGGCUACUCAGUAUCGACGGGGAAUUGACUUUGCCGAAGGAUGAGAACGUUGAUGUUGAAGAAGAAAUGAGAAACCGGAUUCGGAACAGCCAAGGCUCGUCGGCUUUGACAGGUGCUCAAGAGACCAAGCUGGAAUCAACUCUAUAUACCUGGUGGCUCAGCGGCGGGUGGUGGGGCGGCGAUGAUAGCAGUGGUGAUUUCGUUCCCAGUGAGAAUGAGAUCGAUGACGAUACUACUAGCGUUGUCUCCUUUUCAACAACAGGAGAUGAUCAGGAAUGGGAGUCGGAUAAUGAUGGCCAAAGAACACCCACUCAAAGAUCUCCGCAAGUGUCUCGGGAGUCAACCCCUUUUAACGACACCCCUCUCAAUACUGCCGACCUGGCGCAACUCUUGCACCCCAAGACGCCUGAACAUCGAGCUGAGGCUCAAGCUCUAGCUGUCCACCUCUCAAGUCCCAAUAUCGUUACCCGCUCUCGUUACCGAGCCAUCGCCCAACGCGAACGCGCCAAAGUCCUGACAUCCACCCUCCACCGCCCAGCAGACUUUUCUGCCUCCUCCACAUCGGGGAAGCUCACUCCUGAAGAAGAAACAGAACUCCUUGAACACCUCAUCAUCACGAGUCGCGGCCUCAAAGCCUCCACAUCUUCACAAUCGCACCCUGCAGCCUGGGCUAAAGGUGCUUCUGGCAUGGGCGAAGGUGGGCCUCAAUGUGUGGUCUGCCAGAGUAGCCCGAGAAGCAUUAUUGUCUGGCCUUGCAGGUGUUUGAGUUUGUGUGAUGACUGCAGAGUUACGCUGGCGAUGAAUAACUUUGAUAAGUGUGUUUGUUGCCGGAGAGAUGUUGCCAGCUUCAGUCGUAUCUUUGUGCCUUGA